GACAAUAGUAACUCACCGCUUCGGCUGGAGAAACUACAUCACCCAGAAGGCAAUGCGCCCAACAACGGCGGAUGGAGCCAAUGAAAGCCCAGGAAACCGGGCGUUUCAACACUGCCCCCGACGUGAGGGCGGGACUUCCGGCGUCCUCCUCUGGGCGGUCUGGGCGGCGGGUUUGGUGGGUUCAAAGGAUUCGCGCGCCGAGUCCGGAGGGAGCGAGCGCCGGGGGGUCGUCCCCGCUGCGAGGCGGGUCCCGGCUCCGCAGCCGCCCCCGCCCGGUUCGGGGGCCUCCGACCGCCCCCGCCCGCCGAGCCCGAGGGCGGCGGCCGCGCCGAGGCGCCGGGCUGAGGAUAUGGACUUGGAGGACGUGGCCGUCGCCUUCUCCCGGGAGGAGUGGGGGCUCCUGGAUGAGGCUCAGAGACUGCUGUACUGCGAGGUGAUGCUGGAGAUCCUUGCGCUGGUAGCCUCCGUGGGCUGCUGGCAUAAGACGGAAGAUGACGAGACCCCUUGUGAGCAGAGCGUGCCUGUAGAAGGAGAGUCACCGGUCAGGGCGUCUGAGACGGCGCCGGCCGCCCAGAGGACCCACCCCUGUGAGCGGUGUGGCCCGCCCUUGAAAGCUGUUCUGCACCUGACUGAGUGCCAAGCCGCAGACCUUGAGCAGAGAGCCUUCUCCGGUGACGCACGUGUGAGAGACUUCUGUUUCCCUGCAAACCCUCACCAGCAGCAGAGGGAAGCCAGAGCCGAGAAGCCCUGGGAAGGAGCUGUGGACGGGGCCUCGCCUGGGACCAGGUGCCGCUUCUGCGUCUCAGGGGCACCUUCCGCCCGUGGGAAGGCUGGGGAGGGCUUCCCAGCCACCUCAGGCCUUCAGCACCAGGCCCCUGGUGAUCCUGAGGAGCCGCACGAUGGCGGUGAGAGCGGGCAGGCCUUUCCCAGCGGAGAAAAUCGUCUCCGUUCAGGAGGAUGUGAAAAAGCGGCCAGCCCAAACCAGAACCUUGUUCCACGGCCAAGUGUCCGUUCUGCAAAAGGGCUUUCUGAGUGCAGCAAGUGUCGAAAAGCCUUUAGACACAUCUUUAACCUUACCCAGCACAGAGGCGUUCACACCGAAGAAAAGGCUCAUGAGUGUAGGGGUUAUGAGAAGCCCCUCAGCGGAAACUCGGACCUCACCGAACACCAGAGCGGUCACACUGAAGAAGAACCGUGUGAGUGCAGUGUUCGUGGGAAAUGCCGUAGACAGCGCACGGACCUUAGUCAACACCAAAGACUUCAUGCUGGAAAAAGCUCUUUUGAGUGCGGCGAAUGUGGGAAAUCUUUUCCCUUCAAAUGCUACCUCCGCAUCCGCCAGAGAGUUCACACUGGAGAAAAGCCUUACGCGUGUAGUGAUUGUGGGAAGUCAUUUAGCCAAAGCUCUGCCCUUUUUACACACCAGAAAAUCCACACUGGUGAAAAGCCAUAUGAGUGUAGGGAUUGUGGGAGAUGCCUUACCUACAAAUGUAUCCUCAUUAAUCACCAGAGAGUUCACACUGGAGAAAAGCCUUACGAGUGCAGUGACUGUGGGAAGUCCUUCCACCAACACUCUGCCCUCACUCAACACCAGAGAGUUCACACUGGAGAAAAGCCAUAUGAGUGCAGUGAUUGUGGGAAAUGCUUUAGUAUCAAACGUGUCCUCAUUAGUCACCAGAGAAUUCACACUGGAGAAAAGCCAUAUGAGUGCAGUGAUUGUGGGAAAUGCUUUAGUAUCAAACGUGUCCUCAUUAAUCACCAGAGAAUUCACACUGGAGAAAAGCCGUAUGAGUGUAGUACAUGUAGAAAAUCGUUUCGGCAACACUCCCACCUUAUUCACCACCUUCGCGUUCAUUCUGAAGAAAAGCCUUACGAGUGUGGCAAACGUGGGAAACCUUUCAGCAAUACCUCCAGCUUCCUUCCACACCUGAGUGUGCACUCAACAGAAAGGCCUUAUCAGUGUAGUGAAUGUGGGAAAUCUUUUAGCUACAAAUGUCACCUCAUUAGACACCUGAGAGUUCACACUAGAGAAAAGCCUUGAGUGUAGAUAGUGUGAGAAGUCCUUCAUCCGAAGCACUAGGCUCAUUGAACACCAGAGAGUACACACUCAUAACAGCCACAUGCGUGCAGUGUUUGUGGGAAAGGUUUUAGGUAGAGAUCCAACCUCACUAUUCACCAGAGAAUUCAUCCUGGAGAAAGGCCCCAUGAAGGUGGUGAAUGUAAGACAUUCUUUAGACAACACCCCUGCCUUGUUUGACACCACUGAGUUCGUUUGGCAAAAAAAAAAACUCUGAGUGUGGCAGAUGCGGAAAAUGUUUUAGUGAGAGGUCUGGCUUCCCUCAACACCAGGGAGUUCACACGGGAGAAAAGACCUUAUGAGUGUAGUGUGUGUGGGAGAUACUUCUGCUGCCAAUCCCACCUCUUUAAGCACCAGAGAGAUUGGAGUGGAGAACGCCCUUCAAUGUGCAGAGGAUGGCUUAUUUCCUCACUCAGGGUAGCAGCACUGGAGGAGACUGAGAACUCUUCAUCUGAAUGUAAACAUUUUUCAGUGGAACUUACACUGUGCUAGAUCUCUCCGCAGUUUCAGGUACAAGUCCAUCUUUUUUUAAAAAAAUAUAUUUUUAUUGAUUUCAGAGAGGAAGGGAGAGGGAGAGAGAGAGAGAAACGUCAAUGAUGAGAAUCAUUGAUUGGCUGCCUCCUGCACCCCCCCUACCGGGGACCGAGCCCACAACCCAGGCAUGUGCCCUUGACCGUAAUCGAACCCGGGACCCUUCAAUACGCAGGCGGACACUCUGUCCACUGAGCCAGACUGGCCAGGACACAAGUGCAUCUUUUUUUUUUUUUAAUGUUUUUAUUGAUUUUAGAGACAGGAGAGAGAGAGGAACAUUGAAGAGAGAAACAUCAACAUUGAUCGGCUCCCUCCUGGACGCCCCCUUCCACCCUCCAGGGAUCCAUGCAGCCACCUGGGCCUGUGCCCUGACCUCCUGGUGCACAGGUCAGCGCUUACCCACUGAGGCGCUGGGCGGGCGCCAGUGCACCUACAAUGAGCUGCACUGCAUUUUCUAAGCUGCCCAGGGCUAAUACCGGACUGAUGUCCAUUUUUGUGGCUAAAGUACGGGGAGGAUUACCUCUGUCACUUUUUUUUUUUAAUAUAUUUUUAUUGAUUUCAAAGAGGAAGGGGAGGGAGCUAGAAACAUCAGUGAUGAGAGAGAAUCUUGGAUCGGCUGCCUCCUGCAUGCCCCCUACUGGCGAUUCAGCCUGCAACCCGGGCCUGUGCCCUUGACCUGGAUUGAACCCAGGACCCUUCCGUCCACAGGCCGAUGCCCUAUCCACUGAGCCACACCGGCCAGGCACUGUUCCUUCUGCUUGAGGAAGUUGUGAGACUCUGAGCCUUUGGCAGCAUCCUCAUUCCUCUGACUCUGACUAGAGAAUGGACCCAACCCAACCGACAGGCGUUGUGUGGCUUCUAUUCGAUGGUGUGCGUUUAAGUCGACCUGCGUGUACCACUCACCUCUGUGCUCACUGGAAAAUGGCUUAUUAAAGGUUUAAUGUUUUACAUAGCUGGUUCGAUAUUUCUUGUGUAGUUUUUUAAAAUAUAUAUUUUUAUUGAUUUCAGAGAGGAAGGGAUAGGAAGAGAGAGAGAGAGACACACACACAUUGGUUGGUUGCUUUUGGCAGUUUGGCAUCGGAGGUGAAAUUUCUGGACACCUGGGUCUUCCCAUUUGUAGAUAAAAGGAGGAAUAACUCCAGGCGUCCCUGAGCGAGAGGACUAUGUGGCCAUAAGGGCUAGUGGCCAAGGAAGCUCAAAGGCUUCUGAAAGAUGAACUGAUUGUCAUUUAAGAAUGCCAUGGUGUUGUUUUCAACUUUUUCUGCAGAUUGAGUGUGAUAAAAGAGAGGGUGCGGUUUUAAGUCAGAGGUAACACCUGACAGAAUUAGUUAUUAAAUAAUGAACCACUUCAUGUAAAAUAUUGAGAUGACCUCAGCUUGGAAACAGUGAUCAAUAGAAUCAUUGAUCGUUUUUCACAUAUGUUUUUAUUGAUUUCAGGGAGAGAGAAACAUUGAUCGGCUGCCUCCUGCAUGACGCACACUGGGGACCCACUCCGAAACCCAGGGAUGUACCCUGGCCAGGAAUCUAACUGGUACCUCUUGGCGCAUGGGAUGAUGCCCAACUGAGCCACGCCAGCCCAGGCAACAAAAUCACUUUUUAAAAAAAACAUCCUUCGGGGUUUCGUACGUAGCAGAGCAGCUCCCUCGCUGCGAUCUAUUGAAAGUCAGCCCUCGACACAAGGGUUUGUAAAAAAACGAAUAAAAUAAACAAAAA